UCGAUGUCCAUGACAGAUCGUGAUGGAGAAUCAAAUCUCAAUGAGGUUAUGGUAGCUCUUUUACAUGCACAAAUUCAUUUGCCUUCUCUUUUACUGUAUUGAUGGGAAGCUGUAAGAGCACCUACCACUGAUAACUCCACCCCCUCUUCUUUGUUUAUCCCCAGGACACAAACCAAACCAACUCAUCUCUGAUAUUCCUUUAUUUCCCGUUUUCUCUUUGCAACAAACCUCCCCACCUUCCCUUGCGUUUCUGGGUCUCAGAGAAAGCUACAUUUCAGCUUAGAUUCAAUCUCACAUUAAGCUUGCUGAUGGGAAAAACCAGGUUUUGCAUUGUGCAUAUAUAAUUGGCUUUCUCGAACAAGCCGUGGCUGAUUCAAGUUUCUUGAAAUGUCUUUUAUGAGCUGAAAAUGGGUUGCUUGGUUUCCUUUUGGAGAGAUCUAUGAUUGUGGGAUUGAGCUCUCCUCGCAAGAUUAAGUGUUUGUCGGAGAUCUAGAAGUCUGGAUGUGAAGCCCCUCUGAGAAAGGAUGCCUGAAACUAUUUGUGAAUCUGGAAAUGGAAGUUGAUGAUCCUACUAGUGCAAGGCUGCGCUUUGAGGAAGUUGCUAAGUUCUUUUACACAUUUUGUAGGCACUGAAAUUAUGGCCGCAGAUCUCAAUGCUGAAUUAUCCAAGGAUACUGCCAUUUUCAACCUUAAGGUUUGGCAAGUCAUAGGAAUCGUCGUGGGUUUGUUUAUCGUAAUCAUUCUCUCAGUAUUAUCGCUGUGCUUAAUGUCGAAGAAAAAAUCGAGAAGAACGCCAGACAAACUGCCCCUCAGCCAGAUUCCGACUGUUUCGAAGGAAAUCAAAGAAGUUAGGGUGGAGCAAGUGUCAACCAGUGCAUUCGCUCCCCGCGAUGGCAUCCUUCUCACUAUUCAGGACAAAUCCAGUGACAAAGAAUCGGAUAAAGUGCUUGUGCAUCUUGGCAUGGAGAAACUGUACAAAGGAGAUAAUAGCAGCCAGUCCGGGUCAUUUCAUCAUGUGGACAGAGAUGGUUAUGGAUCCCAAUCAGGAGACGAAUCAAACUCGGGCAUUGCAACUGUUUUCAAACCUUCUUCGUCACACCCAACAACCACUCCUUCACCUUUGUCUGGUUUGCCUGAGUUUUCGCACUUGGGCUGGGGUCACUGGUUUACGUUGAGGGAUCUUGAGCUAGCAACAAACCGGUUUUCCAAGGAAAAUGUCCUUGGUGAGGGAGGUUAUGGAGUUGUUUACAGGGGCCGUCUUAUUAAUGGGACUCCCGUGGCAGUUAAGAAGCUUCUGAACAACCUGGGCCAAGCAGAGAAAGAAUUCAGAGUGGAAGUCGAAGCCAUUGGGCAUGUGCGCCAUAAGAAUUUGGUUCGUCUUCUUGGGUACUGCAUUGAAGGGACACAUAGGAUUUUGGUGUAUGAGUAUGUCAACAAUGGGAACCUGGAGCAGUGGCUUCACGGAGCUAUGCGCCAGCAGGGAUAUCUCACUUGGGAAGCUCGAAUAAAGGUUCUGCUUGGCACAGCUAAAGCUCUAGCUUACCUUCAUGAAGCCAUAGAGCCUAAAGUUGUUCACCGAGAUAUUAAGUCGAGCAAUAUAUUGAUUGAUGAUGAAUUCAAUUCCAAGGUAUCUGAUUUUGGUUUGGCCAAGUUGCUAGGUGAAGGGAAAAGUCAUGUCACAACUCGAGUUAUGGGAACUUUUGGGUAUGUGGCUCCUGAGUAUGCAAAUACUGGCCUUUUAAAUGAAAAGAGCGAUGUCUACAGCUUUGGUGUGCUUGUACUUGAAGCAAUCACUGGUAGAGAUCCUGUUGACUAUGGACGUCCAACCAGUGAGGUGAAUCUGGUUGAUUGGUUGAAAAUGAUGGUCGGCACCCGCCGGUCAGAAGAGGUGGUUGAUCCUAAUAUUGAGGUCAGGCCCCCAACUAGAGCCUUGAAACGAGCCCUUUUGACAGCUUUGAGGUGCGUUGACCCAGAUCAUGAAAAGAGACCCAAGAUGGGCCAAGUUGUCCGAAUGCUUGAAUCUGAGGAGUAUCCAAUACCAAGAGAGGAUAGAAGGCACCGCAGAACUCAAGGAGGUGGCAGCAUAGAGAUGGAUUCCCAAAGGGAAAACUCCGACACGGAUCGGAGCGACUGCCCAGGUUCAAGAUCAGAGAGCAAAGCGUAUCUGCGAACGUGAAAGAAGCGGAUCUACACGAACUGCUUGUCCCAUAUGGGGAACCCAGAGCUGAGGCAGUAUUCAUGAUACUUCUCUUCCCCAUUUUCCCAAUGAGAUGGUGAUUGUUAGGCAUGUGGUUUGGGAAGGGACAUGAUCAUUCUUUUGUUUUUUCGUUUUCGGCUUCUACUUCUUCUUUGCUCUUUUGUUUUUUUACUUUUUGUAGGUGAUGAAUGAUUGUUGCCUGUGUGUGGAAGUGGAGUAUUGUGAAGAACCUUAGCAUAGAGGGUGUGUACAGAUUGAUUGGCAUCCAAAGAUCGAUGGAUUAAAAUGCUUCAUUAGUCCUUUGUUGGAA